AUGCCCCGAGUCUUCCUCAUAACCGGCACCUCGACCGGCUUCGGCCGCGACUACGCCCAAGAGGUCAUCAACAGAGGGGACAUCGUCGCCGCCACGGCGCGCGACCCAUCCCAACUCACCUUCAAAAACACCACAGGGGACAACUACCUACCCCUCCGCCUCGAUGUCACAGACAAAGAAUCCAUCAAAUCGGCCUUUGCCGAGACGCUGCACAAAUUCCACCGCAUCGACGUGGUGGUCAAUAACGCCGGGUACGGCCUCGCCGGCGCGUUUGAGGAGUACACGGACGCCCAGAUCCGGCAGCAAUUCGAAAUCAACUUCUUCGGUUUGCUAGAUGUCACGCGCGAGGCGCUGGAGACGUUGCGUGACAAACAGACCCCCUCGGGCGGCCUGAUCCAGCAGGUCACGAGUAUUGGUGGCCAGAGGGGCGUUCCCUUGUUCAGUGCCUACUGCGCGACAAAGUGGGCGGUCGAGGGGUUCACGGAGAGUCUGAGCCACGAGGUCAAGCCCGAGUGGGGGAUCAAAUUCACGUUGGUCGAGCCUGGUGGGUUCAGAACCGACUGGGCCGGCCGCAGUAUGACCUUCGCAACGCGCCAUCCGGCGUACGACCACCUCGACGCAGAGAAGCAAAUGACCGCCCGCCACGGCACGCAGGCGGGGGACCCUAAAAAGGGCGCAAGGGCAAUGUACGAGCUGGCCGUCAUGCCGAACCCGCCCUUGAGGGUCGUCAUCGGGAGUGAUGCGUACAAGGCCGUGAUGAACAAGAUUGAGCAGUAUGAGGAGAAUUACCGCAGGUUUGAGGCGCUGAGUAAUUCGACGGACGUGGAUGUGGAUGCGUAG